AUUGUAUUGUAACAUCAUUACAAGGUCAACAUAAGUUUGCUUGUUUUAUUUGUUAAUCUUAUCUAACCUAGACCACAGUUGUAAACGGUCUUAGAGUUAAUCACCAUAUUCACGUUAAAGUAUCAAUUAUGUUUAAUAACGUAAAUUUUUUGAGUAUUGCUCGUCGGUUUUAUUCAGGACAUGUCGGGAAAACUGAAGCAAGAAAAUAUGUCCUUACCAAGCACUUUCAGGGCGAGCCAAAAAAAAGUGAUUUCGAAAUUGUUCAAGAGGAACUUCCCGAAUUGAAGGAUGGAGAAAUAUUAACAGAAGCUGAAUAUCUUAGCGUAGACCCAUACAUGAGAGCUUAUAUGAUAGGAUAUAAAUUACCGACGGUUAUGAUUGGAGGACAAGUAGCGAAGAUAAUAGCCAGUCGGAAUGAUAAAUACCCCGUUGGCGGAUACGUAUCCGGCUAUUUUGGAUGGCGAACUCACACUAUUUACAACCCAAAUAUAAUCAUUGCUAAAGCGGAUCUACUACCUACAUAUCUCUUGCCAGAUAUGAGUCCUUACCCAGUUUCUCUGGCCUUAGGAGUACUUGGAAUGCCUGGUAACACUGCUUAUUUUGGUUUGCAAGAAAUUUGUAAGCCAAAAUCCGGCGAAACUAUUGCAAUUACCGGUGCGGCCGGCGCGGUCGGUUCUCACGUUGGACAAAUUGGAAAGAUUUUAGGUUGUCGAGUAAUUGGAUUCGCUGGUUCCGAUGAGAAAUGUGAAUAUUUAGAAAAAGAACUGGGUUUUGAUCGCGCAUUUAACUACAAGACUGUUAACAUACAAAAAGCUCUCAGGGAAGGCGCACCAGACCGUGUCGAUUGUUAUUUUGACAAUGUUGGCGGAGAAAUAAGUUCUGCAAUAAUGAAUUAUAUGAAUAAAUAUGGUAGAGUAGCUGUUUGUGGUUCUGUAUCGUCGUACAAUGAUCCGGCGUUACCGAAAGUGACUAUUGUACAACCUGCGAUAGUUUUCAAGGAAUUGAAAGUUGAAGGAUUUAUUGUUAACAGAUGGACUGAUCGUUGGAAUGAGGGUGUUAAUGCAAAUUUAUCUUGGCUUCGGGAAGGUAAAUUAAAGUAUGAAGAAAAAGUUUAUCACGGCUUUGACAAUAUGGUCGACGCUUUAGUAGGUAUGCUGAGAGGAGAGAAUUUGGGAAAGGCUAUAGUAAAGGUCAAGUAAAGAAAUUGUAAAUAAUACUUGUUAUCAUUAUGGCUUUUGCAUAGUGAUCUUGGGAAUUUGUUCCGCGUUUUUUUAAAUCUGGUCACAUAAAUGGGUGGCAUGUUUUGUAUUAUUUGAGCUGUCGGAUCAAUGUCAAAGUUAUAGAAUCUUCCUACCUCAUAAUUUGGUGCGGUUUUGUAAAAUAAACACCUGAAGAUAA